AUGGCGUCGCAUUUGACUCAACCCGCGCCUAAGGCUGGCGAGACUGCCAUCAUAGAACCGAAGCCCGAAUCUGCUAUGUAUAUUGAUGCAUCACGGACGGAAUUGUCGGUUGACUGGUCUGCAGCAGAAGAGCUGCGCGCCAUCCGAAAGGUGGAUUUCUUCAUCCUGCCUCUCGUGAUGAUGGGAUUCUUUAGCCUGCAGAUUGAUCGUGGCAACAUAUCUGCUGCAUUGACAAGCGGCAUGCGUACCGACCUUAAUAUCACACAGAACACCAUAAGCAACGGCCAAACAAUCCUUUAUUUGUGCAUCCUGCUCGGGGAGCUCCCAUCAAAUCUUGUUUUGCAGCGUGUCGGCGCCAAAUUCUGGCUGCCUUGCCAGAUGAUUGUAUGGGAAUUAGUAGCGACAAUUCAGUGCGUCAUCACAAACCAGACCGGUUUCUACGUGUGCCGAGCGUUCUUGGGACUUGCAGAGUCUGGUUUUAUCCCUGGGGGUGUUUAUUACAUUUCGACCCUUUCUACUCGCCAAGAAUUUGCUAAAAGGGUCGGGUUAUUCUGGAUCGGAAAUUACAUCGGCAAGGGAUGCAGUGGGCUUAUUGCUGCCGGAGUUCUCUCUUUAGGAGACGUGAGAGGCUUUGCUACCUGGCAAUGGCUGUUCUUUAUUGAGGGCAUGAUGACAUUGUUCAUCGGUGUCCUUAACUUAUUCUUUUUUCCUCGAUCGACUGAAGAUUCGAGAACACUCAUUCCAGGCCUUUGCAUCCUCACCAAUCGACAAGAAUAUAUUUUGACCACCCGAUUACUGGUCGAUAAUCCCUCGAAGAAAGAUGCCCAGAAAAUAAAAAUCUCGCUUCAAGAUGUAGCCAAGGCUUUAUCCAACUGGCGUAUUUACUUGAUUCUUGUUUUUGCCCUUGCGUGGACAGCGCCCGUUUCGACUCUUGAAACAUACAAUGCUCAGAUCGUGACAAGUCUAGGCUUCAGUACAAUCAAAGGCAAUGCUUUGAGCAGCGUUGGCUAUUGGGCUCAAAUUCCGAUCAUCUUCAUUUGUGGCUGGUUUGCUAGUGAUCGAUUCGAUAUACGGGGUGUGGUCAUAUUCUGUACCGCGAUUCCAUUCAUUGCCUUUUCAGCAGCAUUCUACUAUUUAGAGACUCUGGAUAAUGUGUACAUCUGGAUAAAGUAUGCCAUCUUUCAGAUGAUGGUUGCCUUUACUGGGUCAUCCUGUAAGGAUCAUAUACCAAUCAUUGUUCAGUGUGCCAAUGGCCUUGAAGCUUAA